CCUAACAAAGACUUCUAAUUACAGGAAGUCAAAGCUAAUAAUUGGCAACUGCGCUCUACUUGUUCAAAGGAAGGUUGAAUUGAUUCCCAGCCGCAGUCUUCCAUGGCUUCAGAUAGCGUCUCUGUGAGUCUUUAGCGCAGCCAUGUCUCGUCUACAGAGUUCUAUUUUGAUGGUAGAGCCGCAGAAGCAACACAUAAACCGAAAAAAGGGUAAACAUAUAAAUAAAUAAAUAAAUAAAAAUAUAAAUAAACUGAUUAUUAACCAUGAAGUCAGCACACCAAAGGGCAGCCAGCACACCCCACCGAUACACAUUGUCUGAUUACAGCAAUCUUUCAUCGUAGAUUACUUAAAUUCGUCUCUCUAUAAAAAUAUAUAUAUGGAUUGCUGCAUACGUAUGCAGAGGGGAAGACAAACAAGAGUCUCUCUUCACCGAUUCUCAAUUUGUACAGAACGCGACGUUUCUCUAUCCAUAUAUUCCGGCUUUUACCUCCUUGCCGAUCAAAAAGCUUCCUGAAUUUGCUGCUUAUGAGUCUGUGCAGAUUCAGACAGCUUGUUUCACAAUAGGACUGGAACGUAAUUUGCUAAAGAAAAGCGAUGCCAGAAUUGCGCAGUGGUUUACGGAGAUCAAAGCGGCUUGGUGAAAUCCAGCUCCAGCCGACCUAUCAAACUGAUAUCCAAGAAGAGGAUUUGACAUUUCCUACCCAGAAUGGAACUAGAAGAAGAGGUGGAGGUGGAAGAGGAAGGGGACGAGGAAGGAGUAAUGCAGCAGCUAUACCAAAAGGUCCUUCAGCAGGAGUUCGUGGGAGACCAGUAGGAACAGGUAGAGGGAAUGCAGUCAGAUCUAUAGACCUGUGUCUUGCACCGCCUUGUGAGAUUCUUCCACAAGCUUUUGCCACCGGUAUAGCAGAACCAGCUUUUAAUAGAAUUGAAGGUGCCGGAGACAAAGAUGUAGCCUUAGAUGGAUGUAGUGCAGAUAAAAUAAUGGGAGCUGAAGAAGCGAAUACAGCUCCUGUGCCCGAGAGGGUGCAAGUGGGCAAUUCUCCCGUAUAUAUAACCGAAAGGAAGUUAGGAAAAGGUGGUUUUGGCCAAGUCUAUGUUGGUAGGAGGGCAAGCGGAGGCAUAGGCAGAACAGGACCAGAUGCUGUUCAGGUUGCUAUAAAAUUUGAACACCAAAAUAGUAAGGGCUGCAACUACAGCCCUCCUAAUGAAUGGCAAGUGUACAACACUGUCAAUGGAUGCUAUGGAAUUCCGUGGGUUCACUACAAGGGUCGUCAGGGAGAAUUUUAUGUCAUGGUUAUGGACAUGCUUGGACCAAGCCUUUGGGAUGUAUGGAACACUUCGGGUCAAUCGAUGUCACCAAGUACAGUGGCCUGUAUUGCGAUGGAGGCAAUUUCAAUUCUUGAAAAGCUUCACUUGAAGGGUUAUGUGCACGGUGAUGUCAAGCCAGAGAAUUUUUUGCUUGGACAGCCUGGAACUGUUGAUGAAAAGAAGCUGUAUCUUGUUGAUCUUGGUUUGGCAUCUAGAUGGAAAGACUCGGCAUCUGGUGAGCAUGUUGAAUAUGACCAACGACCUGAUAUAUUCAGGGGUACCCUUAGAUAUGCAAGUGUACACGCACACCUGGGUCGGACGGGAAGUCGAAGGGAUGAUCUCGAGUCUCUAGCAUAUACAUUAAUAUUCCUCAUUAAAGGAAGGUUACCGUGGCAGGGCUGUCAGGGCGAAAACAAGAAUUUUCUUGUUUGUAAAAAGAAGAUGACCAUUUCUCCAGAGUUGAUGCGGUGUUUCUGCCCUGCUCCAUUCCAGCAAUUUUUUGAGGCUGUAAUAAAUAUGAAGUUCGAUGAAGAGCCAGAUUAUGCGAAGCUUAUUUCUUUCUUUGAUACCAUUAUUGAACCAUGUACUUCUCUCAGACCAAUAAAAAUCGAUGGAGCUCUUAAGGUUUGGCAGAAGCGGGUAAGAUUGACCCUAAACUUGGAGGAAGAUGAGCAACCAAGGAAGAAAGUACGACUGGGUAAUCCUGCUACCCAAUGGAUUUCAGUAUAUAAUGCACGACACCCAAUGAAGCAGAGGUAUCACUUCAAUGUUGCAGAGUCAAGGAUCCGACAGCAUGUGGAAAAGGGUAGGGAAGAUGGUCUGUAUAUUAGCUCUGUGGCUUCUGGAGCAAACCUUUGGGCCAUAGUCAUGGACGGGGGGACAGGUUUUUCUUCACAGUGUUUUGAGCUUUCAGAUGUCUUCCUUCAUAAGGAUUGGAUAAUGGAGCAAUGGGAUAAGAACUACUACAUUAGCUCCCUAGCUGGCACAGAUAAUGGACAUUCUUUGGUUGUUAUGUCUAAAGGAACUCCCUACACUCAGCAGUCUUACAAAGUGGGUGAUUCUUUCCCAUUCAAAUGGAUAAAUAAGAAGUGGAAAGAAGGCUUCUUUGUUACAUCCAUGGCUACUGCCGGCAGUCGUUGGUGUGUGGUGAUGUCCAGAAAUGCUGCAUACUAUGAUCAGGUGGUAGAGCUUGAUUUCCUUUACCCAAGUGAUGGAAUUCACAGACGGUGGGAGAGCGGUUACAGAAUUACAUCCAUGGCUGCUACUCCUGAUCAAGCAGCUUUCAUAUUGAGUACACCUAGGUGUAAAUUGAUAGAAGAGGGCCAGGAGACCCUACGCACAUCAGCCUUUCCAACAGCACAUAUAAAGGAGAAGUGGUCUAGAAACCUGUACAUCGAUUCGAUUUGUUAUGGAAGAACUGUUUGCUGAACGGGGUCAGCUGUUGUGUAGUGAAGCAGUUAUAAAAUUACUAUAGUGAAUGAACUCUUGUGUUAUGCUGUGGAUUAUUACCUGUUUUUCCUCCUUCCUCCAUGUGCAACUCUGUAUGACCGCAAAAAUUGUAGACUGGUUUACCAGAUUUGAACACAGGCUUGGCAAUGAAGAUCGAUCAAGAAAGAGUGAUGGUCUUCAAAGUUCUUAGUCUGAGUUUUAUAAUGGGUAACCUUAUAGCGUUAUACGUAAUGAACACAUCCUUCUUGAUGUGUUUUAUGUUUCUUUUAAACUUAUCAGUUCUGAGGAGUUCUUAUUAGCUUCAAGUUGUAGUUGCUAGAUCACAUAUAUACCCAAAAAGGAGAAAACAAGUGCUCUUCCAAUUUUGGUAUAUCAGUUUUCCGUAUCUUCAUUCCUCAACCGUACUUGAAGAAAUUAAAAUCUUCAUUGCGAAGGAUGAUAAAGUGAAAGCUGGGGUAUGGGAAGUUUUGGCAUUUUUUUCAGUUUCCGUACACUACUUAUGGAAACAAUACAAUAAAGACG